AGGGGGAAGCGCUUCCGGCCGGGCGGGAGUCACUUCCGGGUGGCGCCGGGGCCUGGGCGGUGGAGCGGGGCCGGGCCCCCCCAGGCACAACUGUCAAGCUUGGCCUCAGCCCCCCGUAAACCCACCAGUGGGCUUUUAAACACCAAUGGCCUCAUUUUGAGACAUGCUGAGCAUACGCAAAUCCCACUGAAGCCAGCACGAGGUGCCCGGUUUCCAUCCAGACACCUAGAAUUUGGUCUUCUUGAGAACAUUAGUAGAGAAGAAAGGUGCUUACACUAUGGCCGCUGAGUUGGAUUUCUCUCCACCUGAAAUCCCUGAGCCCACAUUCUUGGAGAAUGUGCUACGCUACGGACUCUUCUUUGGAGCCAUUUUCCAGCUUAUCUGUGUGUUAGCCAUAAUCCUGCCAGUUUCAAAGUCCCAUAAGACAGACUCGGACAGUUUUGAGUCUAAGAGUUCAGAGGCAGUGAAGAAGCCAAAAGCAACUGCUCCACAGAUGAGCAAGAAACCCAAGAAGGAAACCAAGAAGAAACGAUAAAGGCCUUGCAGAUGAGCCUCAAAAGACGCAAUAUCACCUGUAAUCAAACUUCCUUGGAGUUGACAUCACAGGCAACUAACUAUAUUAAAUGGCUUUCUGGCAUUGCCAUUCUUUACCUGUCAGGGGACAAGGGAGAGGAGCUUAAGAGUGGAUGGGGAGGGCAUCUACAUAGAUUUCUUACAAGCAAAGAGGACUUCAUGCAUCCAGGACUUCACUCGACAUGAUUAAUGUUUCGGUCAUCAUCAAAGUGACUUAUCUCAUGUCUGAUGAGUAGAAAGGCUUGUGGUCUUAUCUCUUCCACGCUGGUUAGGAUUGUAUUCAAGUCCCUAUGGAAGGUGGAGCGUGGGUUUGCUACUGCAGAUACCACUUUUAGUUGUAUUUUUGAAGAGGCAGAGGGAUCAAAUGGAUCAAGGAUACCACACUACACAGCUUUGUAUUCAUCUGUAUUGUCAUCUUAUCUGAAAUACAUAGCUGCAUUUUAUGGCUUAAUAAUAA